ACUACUUAACAACGAUGGCUGAAGAAAUAAGCAGCAAAGCAUAUUCCCUGGCAGAUCAGACAUUGACAGAGCAACUUUUGGAACUUCUACAGCAAACGCUGAAUCGAGGACAGGCAGAAUUCAUUGUUCUAACAGCAGAUGCUGAGCCAGUUGAAAUUCUCUUGCACCUGCCCUUAUUAAAAGUAAA